GGUAUGCAAGUGCAUUUUAAAAGCGUAAAUAUAGAGCUUGAACGUCAGGCUUCCCUAUAAUCUACUGGGAAAGAGCGUGAAGGCGGGAAGCGAAAAUUGCCAUGCCAUCCACCGAGCUCUCACAGCACGUAGUUCAAACAGGCACAGUGCCUUGGACUCCGGUACUUGUCGCUGGUCUCGUAUCUGGCGCAGUCGCGGGCGCGGCUGUGGCAUGCGUCUUUCUCCGACCAUCUCGCGCCCAUGGCCCAUCGUCUGCCGGCCACAAAGAACGGCCUAAGUCCUCUCUCAUGGUGCUUAGUCAGCAGGAGGCACAAUCAGAAGGAUGCCUUGAAGCGCUAGGCGAGGUGCAUGCCGGGCAAAUGCCAUUUCCCUGCACAGCUGCAGACGCUGUCGUCACGGUAGCUGCAACACCACACAAAACACGGGACAUGAAAACCAAGUCGUUGGAAGCCGACUUUGCGGCGCUAUCCGGCCUUCACCAGGUGCAAGCCACUCCAAUGCCUGUCGGACAUGGCCCCAGCACAGCAGCGCUGGACGACCUGAAGUCACCGCUGCAAGCCCUGGGACGGAGGGACCCCACGGACCCCGCACCGCGAGGAGGGAGCCUAAGCUGGGACGACUAUUUCAUGGCCCUGGCGUUCCUGUCCGCUGAGAGGUCCAAGGACCCCAACAAGCAGGUGGGGGCGGUGAUCGUCAACUGUGACAAUGUCAUCCUGGGUAUCGGCUACAAUGGCUUCCCACGCGGCUGCUGCGACCGGCAGCUGCCCUGGGCCAAGGUCGCGGUGGACUCCCGCGGCCUGCCCGCCCCCCUGGGCACCAAGUACCCCUACGUGGUGCACGCGGAGGCCAAUGCGCUGCUCAAUAAGAACGCGGCAAGCGUGUCAGGAGCGCGCAUCUACGUGACCAUGUUCCCAUGCAACGAGUGCGCCAAGCUGCUCAUCCAAGCGGGGAUCCGGGAGGUGGUGUACCAUGAGGACAAGGUGGCUCACCUGACGGAGGGGAAGACCGCCGCUGCGGGCACGGCACGCCCAGCCACCGCUGCCGCCGCCACCAGCACCACCCGCGCUGCUCCUGCUGCUCCGGCUCCCACUUCUAAUCCUCCCGCCAUCUGUCCUGCCAGCGUUGUUGCACCUGGACAUGCUACUGCUUCCGCCGCUGCUUCCGCCAUCUCCGCCUCCUCCGCCGGCAGCCUCCCAGCAGGCAGGUCCGCCACUGCUGCGCCCCAUGUCGCCGCCGCUGCCGCUGGAGGCAGCCUCACCCCGGGCAGAUCUGCUCCCCCCGGGAGCAGCGGCAGCCGGCUGCUGUUCACCUCCUCGGCAACCCGACGCAGCCGCUCCCUGUCCUCAGCGGCGACGGGCGCUUCCUCCUCCUGGGGCCCCAGCAGCGCCCUGGCAGCGGCGGCAUCGGUGCCGCUGGCGGCAGCGGGCUCCGCGUCGUCUUCGUCCUCCCGUGGCGGAGCUGUGUAUCGGGAGCAGCAGCAGAAGCGGCAGCAGCACUCGUACAGCAAACAGCAGCAGCAACGCCAGCUGGAAGGAGAGAGGCGGAGGUCGCCGCUUUCGCCCAGCGGCGGUGGCAAGGGCGGAAACGCCGCCGAAGGCGCCAUUGCCCCUACGGCCGCCGCCGCCGCGGUCACCGCAAACGCCGUACAACCAACACAGCCACAACCCCACUCCAUGGUGACUCCCUGCUCCCCUCUGCCAGUGGAGGACACAUGCGGUGAGGUGGAAGACCAGAGCAGC